ACGGCGGGGGGCGGAGGGUGGCACUGGGCCCACGCUUCUCCCCGCUGUCCUGGCAGCGGCGGUGGCGCGGCGGGCAUGGCAGAGAUGCGUUCGGGGCCAGUGGCCGGGCCGCAGCUCAACUCGCUGCCGGACCACUCGCCGCUGGUACAGCCCGGCUUGCGGGAGCUGAGACUCCGAGCAGAGGAGGCGGGCGUCCCGCAGACCCCACACAGGCUCACAGACGCCUUCUUGCUGCGCUUCCUGCGCGCCCGGGAUUUCGAUGUGGAUUUGGCUUGGCGGUUACUGAAAAACUAUUACAAAUGGCGAGCAGAAUGUCCAGAAUUAAGUGCAGAUCUGCACCCUAGAAGUGUUAUGGGACUUCUGAAGGCUGGCUACCAUGGAGUGCUGAGGUCCAGGGAUCCCACCGGCAGCAGAGUUCUUAUUUACAGAAUCGCAUACUGGGACCCAAAAGUUUUUACAGCCUAUGAUGUAUUUCGGGUAAGUCUCAUCACAUCAGAGCUCAUCGUACAGGAGGUGGAAACUCAGCGGAAUGGAGUCAAGGCCAUAUUUGACCUGGAAGGCUGGCAGAUUUCCCAUGCUUUCCAGAUUACCCCAUCUGUAGCCAAAAAGAUUGCUGCUGUACUUACAGAUUCCUUUCCAUUGAAAGUUCGUGGCAUCCAUAUGAUAAAUGAGCCAGUCAUUUUCCAUGCUGUCUUUUCCAUGAUUAAACCAUUUCUGACUGAAAAGAUUAAGGGCCGGAUUCAUCUGCAUGGGAGCAAUUACAACUCAAGCCUACUUCAGCACUUCCCAGACAUUCUCCCUCUGGAGUAUGGUGGUACUGAGUUUGCCAUGGAGGAUAUUUGUCAGGAAUGGACAAAUUUUAUAAUGAAGUCUGAAGAUUAUCUCAGCAGCAUUUCUGAGACCAUCCAAUGAGAAGUUAUUUCCUGUGAUUGACUUCCUCACUAAAAUUCAAGGAUGGGAUCCUAUUUGGUUAUUAAAGUCAAGAGCAAGCCUAAAUGAAUUGAUGUUUAUCCGACAUUUACACGUGCAAGAUGACCAUGAAGAGUGUUCUAGCUUUUACAAUGCUCUGUUCCUUGUGAAUUAAUUAAUGCUUGAAGAGAUUCCUGUUUACGUGUGAAGAGCAAGCAUAGCUACAUCGGAAGUACCUGUUUUAGUGUAUCUUUGCAUGGGUCGGGAAAUUUCACUUUAAAGAAAACAUUAUGAUCUCAAUGUUUAAUGCUAGAUUGAUGACUAGUCCACUGGGAAGAAAUACUGUGCAUUCCAACUGAUGGUGAAACAUUAUUAGUGCUCUUGGUGUCAGAUUAUAAUUCAGAUUGCAGUCUGAAUACAGCUUUAUGCUGGCAGGAUGCUUUAUCUCAGGGAAGCCCUACUUUAGCAUAUGUACAACAGAAGCCUGAGGAUGUAAGUCUACAUGUCACCGUAUUGUAUGCAACAAAAUCACUACGGCUUAUAAAAAUGACUUAAAACUGUAGACAAUAUUCUGGGCACACUUGACGGUUUCUUAUGCAGUCUUGUAUUUUCGAAUAAGUAAAGAGCUAGUUCCAAGACAGCCUCCAAAGCCACAGGGAAACACUGUCCCAAAAAACCAACCAAACAAAAAAAUAUAAAAAAUAAUUGUGGCUUCUGUUUAUGACUUGUACACAGACUGCUUAUACUUGAAAAUUAACAGAACUACACAAAAGGAAGUGUUUAUAUCCUACUUAACCAUCACCAGUCAUGCUAGCAUUUUUCAGAUUAUUCAUAAAAUAAUUUGAGUUUUACUAUGACCUCAGAAUAUUUUAGGUCUCAAAAUUCAUGUUUAGUUUAAAAACGGUCAGUAGGUAGGGUGUGCUGUCUGUAUCACAGUGCAGUUCAUUUUUAAGUCUUCCAAUCGUUGAGAAAAAUGUAAUCUCAUCCCAUUUUCAGCACGUUCUUAAAUUUCUGACAUGAUUUUUAUACUUAGGGUCUUCUAAUUAAUUUUUAUCUUACACAUGAAGGAAUACAAGGUAGAGAAUUUAUUGAAUUUGUGUUCAGAGUAAUCAUAUAAUACUGUCUUUGUGCAAGGCGAGUUUUCAUUGCACAGGGUGUUUUUCUUUGUAAGAAAAUGAGUUGAAUCAGACAAGCUGAUACUUCCAAUUCUCUGCACACACACUGACAAAACCAAAAGGAGGUGCAGAUGUUCUUCAGAGAACGUGUUUCAUUUAGCAACUAACGCUACCUUUACUAUUUAAUUUUACUAAAAAGAUCUUGCUUUCUUCUUAAAACAUUAGUCUUCCUUACGAAACUAUAAAAUUAAAAUUGUUUAAAUAACAGGAAAUCAGCUAAAGGAAUAAAGAGUAACAAAACACCUCCAUCUUUUCAAACUUUUAGUUAUAGACAGAAACGCAGAUGUCACUUUAUUUACAUGUGGCUGUUCAAUCAUUUGCUAUGAUUUUGUGGAGGAAUGUUAUAUUACAAUAAAGGCUAAUGACUUAAAUGUCUUUUUAAUGUGUACAUUAGUGAAGUAAUUAAAAAUGCCAGUCAGUAUAAGUACAUUCUAUGAUGGGGCUUUGAGAUUUUUAUAACAUGAAGCAACUCUAUGAAGAGCUUGAAGAACAAUGUGUGGAGACGGUUUUGAAUGGCUCCAGGCGGGAACUGGAAUUCUCUGUGCGCCUUCACUGCACUUGAGCCAGAAGUGUUUUCUGAAAGGUGAAUGCCAGAGGUGCUUAAUGUGUUGCAGAACUUCACAAUAAAUUGUUUUAAUAUUGUUAAAAAUAAAUGUCUUUCUCAUA